GUUUUUCUUCGCGCACGUGUGUGAGUUUGUUCGCAUCUUGCUCCUGAAGAUGCCCAAGCGCUCCUAUCCGUUCAGCGAGAGCUUCUCCUCGCAGUGUAAAGUCCACGUUGGUCAGAAGGAGAUCAAUAACCGCGGAGUUUUAGGACUCAAAUACAGACAAGAGAUUUAUGAAAAGACCAAAGAGCUGCUCUUCAGCGGGACUAAAGCAGUGAUGUCUCGUCUCUGGAGGACUGAUGCUGAGGAGAAAGAGACUGAUGUGCUGGUGUCCAGUCAGACACUUCUCCGAGGACAGACACGCAUCGGUCCAGACGGACGAUUACAGAGAGCAGACGCUGCUCCAGGUUGUGCAGUGGCUCCUUCAGCGUGUUGUGUGUGUCAGAGGGUCUCGGGUUCGAGGAAGGCGUGCUCUCAGUGCGAGCGACACGCGUGUGCAGCGUGCAUCCAGCAGUGCAACAUCUGCUCUGAACGCUGCUGCUCCUUGUGCACCGUCACCGAUUACAGUGAGCGUUACGAGCGCGUCCUCUGCUGUGGAUGUUCGUCCUGAUGAACGUUUUAAUGCAUUACCAAUGAAAUGUAAAUGAGAUUACUAUUUUAUAUAUGCUUGCAUGGUUUCUUGCUCUUUCCCUGUUUUUAUGUACAUACUGUUAUGAUUAUAGAAAUAAAAUCUUUGA